AUGACCCCCACCGCCGUUUACCCUCGAAGCAACUUCGUGCGGAGAGGCUAUCGCGUGUUCAUCCUUCUUCCGCUGCGACUGUGCGCGUUCGUGACGACGCUCGGUUUGCUUUGGGUGGAAAGCGUGGCGCACAUUUUGCUGUGUUUUCUUCUCAACGUUCGCUUGGGCCCCCGAGCGACUCAGCACGCCGCCGAGGAGGCCGGUACCAACUCUCGCGUCGCAUUCGUGAAUGAUUGGCUCAAGCUACGACUUAAUGCGGAGUAUCCCACAUGGUUCAUGAAGUUUCACGACACACAUCUUCGUGUCGCGCAUUUUGCGGCAAAGGUGGCAUUGUUCUGCUUGGGAUACUCGAAACUGGACGUCCAAGGCGAGCGUGAUCCGCAAGCUGAUGUACUCGUGUGCAAUCACCGUGGAAUCAUCGACGCGCUGGUGUUGUCCUUCGCGCUUAAUCAAGUGCCAAUCUUCGUCGGUGGAGCGUCCAUUGUCGAGCUGCCGUUCCUGCGAGAACUUGGGAUCUCCUUGGACUUGUAUUUCGUCGACGAAUCCAUGCGAAAGUUUGCGGUGUACGAAUUACGCGACCUCCUCAGCCCUAAAUCUUCCACUCGUCGUCGGCCGCUCGUCGUAUUCCCCGAAGGUUCGGCUGAUUAUGGCACGAGUCUUCGAACAUGGAUUCAUCCGGGAUGCUUUCAGAUCGUGUCCGCUGAGCGUAUGCAGGGUGUCGCACUCACGUUCCAGGGACUCGGAGAAUUUUCACCUACGUGGCCGUUGUCGUCGAGACUGCACACCUUAUUCGGCAUACUGUUCUUUUUGGCACAGAUUCCGUCGAAUCGAUCACGCGUGGAGUUUAUCAAACCAAAAGUAGCAGAAAAUGCGACUAGGGAGGAGAUGAUGGAAGACUUCAGGCGAGCGAUCGCGAGCGCUCUCGAUGUCCCCGUGGCGAACGAGCGCGGCGGCUACGAUAUGCCACAUCGCGAGCGAUGA